AGCAAAAUUCCAACGAGUCUCGCGUGGAGCACACAGUUCGUAACGAGCGCGCAAAGUGAACGGAACGUCGACGACCUCAAAUCAAAUUGAAGCGCCAAAAAUAUCCAGUGAAUCAAUUUUCAGUGUAUACCCACGAAAACACAACAACAACAAUCAAAACCAUGGCCGCCGUAAAGGAUAGUCUGCUCGCUCAAGUGGCUGAGGUUCUGCCCAGCUCUGGACACAAGAUCACCGUUGUGGGCAUUGGCAUGGUGGGCAUGGCCAGCGCAUUCAGCAUUUUGGCCCAGGGCGUCUCCAAGGAGGUCUGCCUGAUCGAUGUCUGCGCCGAUAAGCUGCAGGGUGAGCUCAUGGAUCUGCAGCAUGGCUCCAACUUCCUGAAGAACCCACAGAUCACAGCCAGCACCGAUUAUGCCGCAUCGGCCAACUCGCGUCUGUGCAUUGUCACCGCCGGCGUGCGCCAGAAGGAGGGUGAAUCCCGUCUCUCCUUGGUGCAGCGCAACACCGACAUUCUGAAGCACAUCAUACCCAAACUGGUGGAGAACAGUCCAGAUACCAUUCUGCUGAUGGUGUCCAAUCCCGUGGAUAUUAUGACUUAUGUGGCCUGGAAGCUGUCCGGUCUGCCCAAGAAUCGCGUCAUUGGCAGUGGCACCAAUUUGGAUUCGUCCCGCUUCCGCUUCUUGAUGUCGCAGCGCCUGGGCGUGGCACCCACCUCCUGCCACGGCUGGAUCAUUGGCGAGCACGGCGAUAGCUCUGUGCCCGUGUGGUCCGGCGUUAACAUUGCCGGCGUGCGUUUGCGUGAGCUGAACCCAACCAUUGGCACCGGCGAGGAUCCAGAGAAAUGGAAUGAGCUGCACAAACAGGUCGUCGAUUCGGCCUACGAGGUCAUCAAGCUAAAGGGCUACACCUCCUGGGCCAUUGGCCUCAGCACCGCCUCCCUGGCCUCGGCCAUCUUGCGCAACACCAGCAGCGUGGCAGCCGUCUCCACAUCCGUUUUGGGUGAACAUGGCAUCGAUAAGGAUGUGUUCUUGUCGCUGCCCUGCGUACUGAAUGCCAACGGUGUCACCUCCGUGGUGAAGCAGAUUCUCACCGACACCGAAGUCGAGCAGCUGCAGAAAUCGGCCAACAUCAUGGCUGAGGUUCAGGCCGGUCUACAGUUCUAAUCGAUCUGCAUCGAUCCAAGCAGAAUCACAUAAUAAAAGUAGCUAAAUUAAACAUAGAACACAGCAGAGCUAAUUUUAGUCGAAUCGGAGAGCAGCUGCAGCCAGAUGCAGUGCGGAUCCGUAUCAAGAUUUGAUGGAGCCAGUGAAGCAUAGCAGAAAGUAUUCUUGACUACCAAAAUGUUUAUUUUAAGUCGAUUUCUCAAUUUAUUUAUUAUUUUAAAAUGCUUUUUGUGUUCGUUACAAAUAAAUUUUAAAAGUUUAAGUUUUAUUUUAAAAACAGAAA